CCUUUCUUCCAUCAUAAAUACUCUUUGGUGGAACGGGCAACAAUACAUACAUCAACUCCUCCUUUGAGCUUUUCAGCUUCUCAAUUUGAUCUAUGCUGCAAAAAUAUGUUUUCUAUUAGGCUAAUCCUUCUUUCCACACUUUCUUGGAUUCUGAUAAUUAAUCAGACAUAUUCCAAGAAUGAUCGGAAGACAUACAUUGUGUACAUGGGUGAUCAUCCUGAAGGCAUGGACCCCGCAUCCUUACCUUCUCUUCAUAUGACCAUGGCUCAAAAGGUCCUUGGCAGUGACUUUAAGCCAGAAGCUAUACUUCACAGCUAUAAGAAGAGCUUCAAUGGAUUUGUGGUGAAGUUAACAGAAGCGGAGGCGGAAAGAAUGGCAGAAAUGGACAAGGUUGUCUCUGUUUUCCAAAAUAAGAAGAAUCGUCUCCGGACGACUAGAUCGUGGGAUUUCAUAGGCGUUUCAAAGGAAGCCAAAAGAUCAAGUAUGGAGAGUGACAUAAUUGUUGGAGUAAUAGACACAGGUGUUUGGCCAGACUCUAAGAGCUUCAGUGACCAAGGAUUUGGUCCUCCACCCAAAAAGUGGAAGGGAUCAUGCCACAACUUUACCUGCAACAACAAAAUAAUUGGAGCAAAAUACUUCAGCAUGGAUGUUGAUGAGUAUGACAAAGCUGACAUCGUAUCUCCUAAAGAUGCAGAUGGGCACGGGUCACACACUGCAUCCACAGCUGCUGGAAAUUGGGUUGACUCCGCAAGUCUAUUUGGCUUUGCUGCAGGAACAGCCCGUGGAGGAGUUCCAUCAGCACGCAUCGCUAUCUACAAAACAUGUUGGAAGAGUGGUUGUGGUAAUGCUGACACCCUUGCAGCAUUUGAUGAUGCAAUUGCUGAUGGAGUAGAUGUUAUUUCAAUUUCAACUGGACCCAAUGAAAUCCAUCGUUAUUUUGAUCAUCCUAUUGAUAUAGGAAGUUUCCAUGCAAUGAAAAGAGGCAUAUUAACAUCACAUGCUGCUGGUAAUGACGGUCCAAGUGCUAGCUCUAUGACAAAUUAUUCACCCUGGUUGCUUUCAGUGGCAGCUAGCACUAUUGGUAGAAAGUUCCUUACCAAGGUCCAGUUGGGAAACGGCAUGGUUUUUGAGGGGGUUUCAUUUAACACUUUUGAUCUCAAAAACAAAAUGUUUCCAUUGGUUUACGCUGGAGAUGUGCCCAACACUGCUGCUGGAUAUAAUAGUUCUAUCUCCAGGUUUUGCUUCGAUAAAUCUGUGGUUAAAAGUUCGGUGAAGGGAAAGAUCGUUAUAUGUGAUGGCUUCCGAAACGCUGAAGACGUAGGGUUUUUAUCUGGGGCAGCUGGGAUGCUAGUUGGAAGCACUGGAAAUAAAGAUAUCCCACCUAUACUUGCUAUUCCCCUGUCUUGGCUUAGUCAAAAGAAUAUUAAUAGCGUUUUUUCUUACUACAGUGCUUCAAGGAGUAAUUCAACAGCCACAAUAUUUAGGAGUGCUGAAAUCAAUGAUCCAGUAGCCCCUUACAUAACUGCGUUCUCAUCAAGAGGUCCAAAUCCAAUUACGCCAAACACUCUCAAGCCUGAUCUGGCUGCCCCAGGAUCUAACAUUCUAGCAGCAUAUUCUCCUCGCAACCCACUUUCAGAAUUUAAAGGAGACAAAAGAGGAGUUCUAUACAAUGUAAUCUCAGGCACUUCUAUGGCUUGCCCUCAUGCAUCUGGAGCAGCUGCAUAUGUCAAAUCAUUUCACCGCAAUUGGUCUCCUGCUAUGAUCAAGUCUGCGUUAAUGACCACCGCUACUCCAAUGAGUCCUUCUCUCAAUCCUGAUUUUGAAUUGGCAUAUGGCGCGGGGCAAAUGAAUCCCGUUAAGGCAGCAAAUCCUGGUUUAGUGUAUGAUAUUAGCGAAGCAGAUUAUAUCAAGUUCUUGUGUGGAGAGGGUUUAACAGAUAAACAACUCCGAACUCUCACAAAAGAUCAUAGUACUUGUAGCAAACAUGCUAAAAAGGAAGCUGUAUACGAUCUCAAUCUCCCAUCAUUUGCACUUCAUAUAAACGUUUCAUCUUUCAGUCGUGUUUUCCAUAGAUCGGUUACAAAUGUGGGAUCAGAAACAUCUAGUUAUCAAGCCAAAGUGGUAUCUCCAUCUUUGUUAGAUAUCCAAGUGAAACCAAGUGUUUUGUCCUUCACAUCAAUUGGGCAGAAGAAAGCAUUCUCUGUCAUAAUUGAAGGGAGCAUUAAUGUGGAUAUACUCUCUGCUUCUUUGGUUUGGGAUGAUGGCACUUUUCAAGUUAGAAGCCCUAUUGUAGUGUACGGAGACUCCCAAUAAAUUCUCUAAUCCUAUGUGUGUGAAACAAUAGAAAAUAAUACCAAGUGCAAAAGGCGUGUAAUGGCACUUUCGAAGCUUGAAUGUUUCGUUUGUUGCUUUAUUUGCUUUUUACCUACUGUUUGAUUAAGUUUGUAGUUCUAUUUUGUAAGAUAAAUUAAGGUAAAUAAGAAGCUUUUGUGUACAAGAAAUUGAAAUAGUUGGUAACAGAAAAAGUUAAGUGCUUUUCUGUCUUUUUUUUGUGUAAGGAUAUUUGUUAAUAAUAUGUUUUUUAAACUG